AUGCUUGGUUUGGAUAAUGCUGGAAAGACGACGCUUCUUUUCAAGCUGAAAUUGAAAGAAGACCCGAAUUCCAAAAUUGACUUUGGGCAAGAAAAUUUAACAUUUGAAAAUAUGAAUAUUAACGUUUUGGAUCUUGGCGGGACUCGAAGGGACCAUUAUUAUGCUUAUUUCAACCCGUUCAAACGCCGAAUUUGUGACGCCCUGAUAUUUGUCGUUUGUAGUUGGGAGGAAGUGCGAUUUAAUGAAGCGCGUCAAGCGCUUCACUGUGCUCUUCACGAUUUUGAACUCACUGAAGUCCCAAUUUUGGUUUUCGCUAACAAACAAGACCUCCCCGGAUCGAAAUCAGCCGAGCAAAUAGCAAAAGCCUUGGAUUUAACAUCGAUCAAGAGCCACAGAUGGUUUAUUGUUGGGACGAACGCGAUCACUAGCGAAGGGGUCUAUGAGGGUCUCACAUGGCUCAAGGAGACAUUGACACAAUGA